GCAAGACCAAGAACGACACACGCCCGUACUACAGUACUAUGAAGCCGCUACAGUUUGCGACCAUGUCGUUUCUGGAUCAGCAGGGUGUGUCCUAUCACUUUGGGGCUCAGGCCAAAACUCUGAGUCGAGGUGCGGGUGGUGUACGAUUGUCGCGAGAGAUAGCUUCACUGCUACCGAAUCUACCGCUGGAUGAAGGAUGUGGUAGGUAUAACUGGCUAGAUAAAGAAUGUGGUAGGUAUAACUGGUUAGAUAUAGAAUGUGGUAGGUAUAGUAAGCUAGACAUAGAAUGCGGUAGGUAA